UUUGUAGUAGGAUAAUUUGUAAUAUUUUCAGAUAAGAUGACGUAUACAAAAUGUUGGAAUCGGGGGAAAAUGCGUAGAAACUAGACAUAAGGAGAUCUGCACACCUGCAGUAUGAGUGAAAGAGUAACAUCCCCCUCCUCCUCCUCUUCCUCCGCCACCCCUUUCCCUGUAUCAAGGCUGGCAAAUACUUCAAGAAUGUACAGGCGGAGUGAGUACCCUGGAAAGCUUAUUGAGAAGCUACGAGAACUACGACAAGAUGAACAGCUCUGUGAUUUAGAAUUAUACUCCAGUGUAGACUCAGAACCUAUCCUAGCUCACAAAAAUAUACUUGCUGCUGCAACACCAUAUUUCCACGCCAUGUUCACGAGCGGCCUCAUGGAGAGCGAGGAGAGGCAGUACCGUGGUCAGGACAGGAGGAAAGCAAGACAGAAACUUGUUCUUCAAGGACUAGAACAUCAUACUUUAGAGGGGUUAGUUGAUUUUAUGUACACUGGUGAAAUGAAUCUGGAUCAAAGAUCUGUGCAAGAUAUACUCGUGGCUGCAGAUAUGAUUCAGCUUAAAGAGGUUGUGGAUAUAUGCUCAGAAUUCCUGAAAACAGAAUUACAUCAGUCCAACGCUAUCGGUAUCUGGAGGUUUGCGGAAGGGCAUAAUCUGGUUGGACUACAGGACUUCUCUAUUAAUUUUAUCUACAACAACUUCUUCUCAGUUUCAGUAGAAGAGGAGUUUCUAGAAGCAAACAAGGAUAUUGUUUGUGAACUCAUCUCCUCCGAAUAUCUUCGGGUGGAUUCAGAAUAUCAGGUUUUCUUUGCUGCGAUGUCCUGGAUUAAUCAUAAUAUUACUAACAGACGACGUUUUAUAUUUGAUAUACUGAAGCAUAUCCGCCUGCCAUUAGUUGCAACUAAACUUCUAGAUUCAUAUGUAGACGCUUGCAACGAUAUUUCUUUAAAGGUUGCCUUGACAAGUGUACGCAGAGAUCUUAUAAAUCAAAAAGGAAGUCUUGUCUCCCUUUAUGUAAAACCACGUCAGUGUGCGAAAAAGAAUAUUUACGUCAUUGGAGGAUCUAGACGGGAGCUAGGAAGUGCUUGGACUAGAAGUGAGUGCACUUAUCAAACUGUAGAGUGCUUUGAUACAUUUAAUCAGGAGUGGAGAAGGGUUGCAUCGAUGAAUAUUGGGAGAAUUCUGCCUGGGAUUGCAAUCAUAUCUGGACGAAUAUUUGUUUGUGGUGGUGAGGUGGACAGUCAGAUAUUAGCAAACGGCGAGGUUUAUGAGCCUGCAGAUGACUCCUGGUCUCCUAUUGCCUCAAUGAUGGUUCCAAGAUGUGAGUUUGGUCUUUGUGCUGUGGACGGAUUCCUUUACGCUUUCGGAGGUUGGGUCGGAGAAGAUAUUGGUGGCAGUAUAGAGAUGUAUGAUCCUGGUCUAAAUGAGUGGAGGAUGCAGGGGAAAAUGCAGGAUGAAAGAUUCAGUAUGGGUAUUGUUACAUACCAGGGUCUUAUCUAUAUUGUUGGUGGGUGUACACAUAGCAGAAGACACAUGCAGGAGCUGGUUUCCUAUAACCCAGUAACAGGAGAGUGGACGACCCUAUGCUCUAUGCUCGUCCCUCGCUCCCAAAUGGGAUGUGUCGUCCUGGACGAUCAUUUAUACGUCCUGGGAGGGACCAACAGGCACAAUGAAGUACUUCAGUCCGGAGAGCGGUAUAGUUUUGUCGAGGAUAAAUGGGAGGAUAUCCCACCAAUGCAUCAUGCAAGGGCUUCUCCUGCUGUAGCGGCCAGUAAUGGAAAGAUCUAUGCCAUUGGAGGAGAUCAAAUAAGUGAAGUCAAUUUCUACAGAGCUAGGAUUACGAUCUCAGCUGUGGAGUGCUUUGAUCCUUUGACAAAUGAAUGGAGAUUGAGUUCUUCUCUUCCCCAGAGCAGAUCAGAGUCAGGGGCAGUAGUCAUCUGAUAUAAUUAGUCAUCUGAUAGAAUUAGUCAUCUGAUAUAAUUAGUCAUCUGAUAUUAUAAGUCAUCUGAUUUAAUUAGUCAUCUGAUAUAAUUAUUCAUCUGAUAUAAAUAGUCAUCUGAUAAAAUUAGUCAUAUGAUAAAAUUAGUCAUAUGAUAAAAUUAAUCAUAUGAUUAGACAAAUGAUAUAAUAAUUAACUGACGUGAUAGAACUAGUCAUAAAUAUCAUCAUCCAUUGCGAUAUUAACCAAAAACAUGAUCAUUUAGUGAUAUACCUUCAAAUAAUGUAUUUUUUAAGUAGAUCAUCAUUAUUAUGAUAAUUAAUUAACAAAAUUACUCAUUUUCAUAGCGCCAUUUAAUUAAUAAGAAGCCUGCGAAUAUGUUAUUGCUUCCAUAUGUUGACAAAAUUACAGUGAUAAAAGAAAGAACCAUUUAUUAACAUAAUUAGUCAUAAACCAUGUAACUACAUUAACUUGGUUAUCGCUUAACAAUCCAUUGAAUCUUAAUUUAUUUCAAAUUUUCAGAAUUGAAAAUUUAAAUUAAAAACGUUCUUCACGCCAUAACAAUUUAAACUACACAGUUCAUGAUCUUCUAAG